AUGGUAGAUCCUUAUCGCUACUAUGGCAAGGCAAAUAUGACCGAAGAAGAAAAAAGACAGCUAAUAAUUAAACUUCCAAAUGAACCAAUACCCAUAGGGUAUACUAGCUUAAGGGACAUCUUGCCCAGGGAAAAAGAUUUAACUAUUUUCAUGGAUUAUGUUUAUUUGUUUGGUGAUAUAGUUGAAAUGUUAGGAAACCCCAAUGAAACAUUUACAAUUUUUGCACCUACUAAUUCAGUGUUUCGUAACCUACCAUACCAACCUACAAGUAACAUUUCUGUAACAGAGGAUCCAACGACAAAAUUACAUAAUUUUGUGUUAGGACAUAUUGUUGAAAAAAACUUGAUCUCGCUUUCUGUUGGUGAAGAAUUACAGACAAUGUAUGAAAAUGUUAAAAUCAAAGUUGACAAAGAUAUCAAGGAUGAAAAAUACUUGUUGAAUGGAAAUAUACACACUAGCGAGAAUUAUAAGGCUGAUAAUGGAAUAUUUUAUAAGGUUGAUGGAUUAUUAGUUAAAGAUGAGUAUAUUAUCAUCAAAACAAUUUGUAAAAGAUGUGUAGUGGUGGAUGGAAAUGGCCAAGCAACAUUUCCAAAAGAGUUGUUUUCGUCAUCAGGCACCGAAUUUGGUGUCAAUGUAAGAUUAUCAUCACUUGAAUCGUCAUAUAUCACGUUAAUAUAUUUGAACUCUGUCAUCAAUGUUAAAUCACUUCCUGAACAAAAACCAAGCUAG